AUUCUCCCAGCCUCCUGAUUUACCAGGAGCUCCUUGAAAUCUCCUGAAAUUGCAAAAUAUAUGAAAAAGUCAUGGAAAUCUCUGGAAAUUAUUUAAAUCUUUUGAAAACUCAAAAAAAAAUAAUUUCCUGAAAUAUAUAGACAAAAAAUUGUCAUUUUGGGGUGUCAUUCAAAAUGAAAAACACCAAUCCAACGCGUGAUGAAAAAAAACUGCAUUAUGCAAUACCUGUAAUUGUGGAAUCUGGUGAAAGAAGCUUCUCGUGCCUCAAACUAAUGAAGAAUUACUUGAGAUGGAGAAAGAACAGUUCUGGUGAAUGGUUGGGUGUAAUGGCUGGCUAUGUCUGGAGACUAAAACAGUCUGAUGAUAGAAUACUCUACCAAGUCUAUGGUAAACACAACACUGCAGCCAGGGAGUCUGCUGAUAUAAAUGAUAAAAGUUUUAAGCUUGGGCAAAGCAAUCUAAAUACACUCUAUGAGAAUGAAGCACUGAAAGAUCCAAAGAUUGUUAAAAAUGAGGUCAAACAGCUCGCACAAACUACAAUAAAAGGAGCCAAGACUAAGGCAAGCACAAAGAGGUCAAAUGCAAAAUGUAAAUUGCCACAGGUCGACUCAACUAGUUCUCACACCAUCGAUUCAUCUCCAGCUGUAAAUGAUGUUAGCCUCAGUGAUGAUGAUCACUUCUCCUCUUUAUUACAUAAUUACUUUCAGCUUGGAGUUGACUUAAGACAGCUUUAUAAAUCUUGGGCAUCAAAAGAUCCUUAUUUCAACCAAGUGGCUUCAAACUUUUAUGGCAUUCGUAUUCUUAGGCAGGAUCCAGUUGAGAAUUUGUUUAGCUUUGUGUGCUCUUCAAAUAAUAACAUUUCUCGUAUCUCCAGCAUGGUCGAGAAUUUAUGUACUAACUAUGGAGAAUUUAUCACUAGACUAGAUGAAACAGAUUAUUUUACAUUUCCUAGUAUCUCAGCACUUUGCAAAGAAAACAUUGAAACCCAUUUGCGACAGUUGGGUUUUGGCUACAGAGCCAAGUUCAUUGCUAGGAUAGCAAGAGAGAUCACUGAGAAUAAAAGUGAAAAUUGGUUGAGGUCACUUAGAGACAGACCAUACAGCGAAGCCAAGUCAGAACUAUUGAAUCUCUAUGGUGUUGGAGCAAAGGUUGCAGACUGCGUUUGUCUGAUGUCACUGGACAAGACUGAAGCUGUACCAGUAGACACACAUGUGUGGCAAAUCACAUUGAAACAUUAUUUGACAAAACUACAAAGUGCCAAGUCUUUAACUGACAAACUGUACAAUGAAAUAGGUGAUUUCUACAGAAGUUUAUGGGGACCUUAUGCUGGCUGGGCUCAUUCUGUUCUCUUUACUGCUGACCUAAGACACAACAAAAGAAAAGAGUUGAACACUUCUUUGAUGAUGAUCAACAUUUGCCAAGAGAUGACCAUUAGGAAUGUUAGUCUGUAUGUAACAUUAGUUUCAAUUUAUCAACAACAUCUGCCUUGGAUGUCCUAAAUCAUGCAAGCAAUAAAUCCAAAAAUGGACAUUUAAAUAACUGAAUGAAAUCUGAAUGCUUUAUGUAAAAUUUAAAAUGUGAAAUUCAUUUUAAUAAGAAAUUAUUGUAAUAUUUUCAGCUCUUAGAUAUUAAAUAUUGAUAUUAGCAUAAGGUCAUUAAUUUUUCUGAGACCUCAGGUUUGAAGUUUAUGUCAUGUUAUUAUUUUAACUAAAUGCAACACUCAUUAUUGCAGAAAAUGUUUAACUUCCUUUUAGAAAUGUGUUCUAUAAAACUACUGGAUUUUAUUUUAUUUUUUUUUUUUUUUGAAGAGAUAGAUUAUAUUUUGAAAGCAAGUGUGGUAGCAUAUAACCAAACAUUUAAUAACACAAAAUUAAACACUGAAGUCACACCAAAUUCAAAACAUUUAAUAACACAAAAUUAAACACCGAAGUCACACCAAAUUCAAAACAUUUAAUAACACAAAAUUAAACACUGAAGUCACACCAAAUUCAAAACAUUUAAUAACACAAAAUUAAACACUGAAGUCACACCAAAUUCAAAACAUUUAGUAACACAAAAUUAAACACAGAAGUCACACCAAAUUCAAAACAUUUAAUAACACAAAAUUAAACACCGAA